UGCACGCACCUCCUGGACCCCCCCCGCCUCUCCCCAGACUGCGUCUCCCUCUACAUACAGGCCCAGAAUAAUCUAGGUAUCCUGUGGUCUUUAAGGGAUGAAAUUAAAACUGCGCAAACUUACUUGGAAUCUGCAGAAGCCUUGUAUAAUCAAUACAUGAAAGAGGAUGGAAAUCCUCCCCUGGAUCCCAGUGAACAUUUCAUGGCAGAAGAAGAAAAAAUCACAGACCAAGAGAGAUCCAAAAGAUUUGAAAAAGCCUAUACGCAUACUCUGUAUUAUUUGGCACAAGUCUACCAACACCUGGACAUGAUUGAGAAGGCUGCUCAGUAUUGCCAUACUACUCUUAAACGACAGCUUGAGUAUUGCGGCUACCAUCCAGUAGAAUGGGCACUAAAUGCUGCUACUUUGUCACAGUACUACCUUUCUAAGCAAUGCUUUAUGGAGGCCCGCCACUGUUUAGCAGCAGCCAGUGUCAUCUUUAGCCAAGCUGGACAGGUGCCAUCUGCUGAAGACAAUGAAAUGGAGCAAGACCAACAGGACCUUCGACAGAGAAAAGCUGAAAUUGCAAGGUGCUGGAUUAAGUAUUGCCUGAAUCUCCUGCAAAGUGCUCGGAAAUUACUUGAGGAUAACAUAGGAGAGCUGGAUCCAGACAGACAAUUGGAACUUAAAGCCCAAAGGAAAAAAGAAGAGGAUGAAAAAGAGAAGGGCAGGAAAAAAGCUGUCCUUUUUGGCACGAGUGAUAUAUGUGACUCUGUCUUAGCCAUGGAGGAGAAAGUGAGCAGUGUAUAUCCUUUAGAUUUUCAAGAAGCCAGAGAAAUCUUCCUAGUUGGUCAGAACUAUGUUCUGGAAGCAAAAGAGUUUUUUCAGGUUGAUGGUUAUGUUACUGACCACAUAGAAAUUGUUCAGGAUCACAGUGCUUUGUUUAAGGUACUUGCUUUCUUUGAAGAAGACUAUGAGAGACGUUGCAAAAUGCACAAACGUAGACUAGACAUGCUGGAGUCUAUAUAUGUAGACUUGAAUCCUCAGUACUAUCUGUUGAUUAGUAGGCAGCUUCAGUUUGAACUAGCUGACACCUAUUACGAGAUGAUGGAUUUAAAGAUAGCUAUUGGUAACAGGUUAGAGGAGCUAGACUCCCACACAAUUAAAAAAAUUAAUUCUCUGGCUCAGUUAGCGAUCAAAUAUUAUGAACUCUUCUUGGAUUCUUUGAGGAACCCAGAUAGGGUGUUUCCUGAACAGCUCGAGGAAGAUGUUCUUCGCCCUGCAAUGGUGGCUAAAUUUCAUAUUGCACGACUGUAUGGUAAGCUUAUUACUUCAGAUAGCAAAAAGCAACUGGAAAAUAUGCAGACAUCAUUGGAAUAUUACACAUUUCUGGUAGACUAUUGUGAGAAGUACCCAGAUGCUGUCCGUGCUGUUGAAACUGAACUAGAACUCAGUAAGGAGAUGGUGGGUCUUCUUCCAACAAGAAUGGAAAGGCUAAGAGCAAAGCUGUGUCCGUUCAUCUAAAUACUUGCCUUGAAGGAAAUGUGCACUAUUAAAAUGAUAUCUGUCAAAAUCAGUGCUGUCAGACAGCUUCCGUACUGGUUGACAGAACUAAGGUGUCUACAGUUCGGCAGUCCAACUAGAGCCUGCACUAAUAUACCUUUGUGAGAAACUCAGAGCUCUCCAGUUCAGUAGCUCACCCACACUAAUGGUAUAAACUUUAAAUGUAAAGUGAAUGUCCAACUAAUGCUCUGUAUUGUUUUUCCUGUAUGUAAAUAUAAACCUUUUCUCCCUUACAGUUUUUCCCUGUGGCGUACAGUUUCUAAAUGUAGUGC